GCUCUGCGGGGCCGCGCGGCGGCCGCAAGCCCAGACUUGAAUCCCGACGUGGUGUGCGCUUCAGUCUCAACCGGCGUGCAGCGCCGGGGGAGCUGAACAGGUUGAGUGACUUCAGGCUGUGGGAGGAAUAAUCGUCUUGGGUUGCUUCAGAGAGCUGAGGCAGCCAAACCGGGCGAGGAUGGCACUGCGGAGUGCCUCGCGUCUCUGCCAGGUACCUCCGGAGUGUUUGUGUUUGAAGGACUUCUUUUUAUAGAACUGCUGUCAAAAUGGGUAGAGAGAGAGCUUAAUUGGGACCGAUCUGAAAAACGAGGCGGCGUGUAGGUGUGCGAGGGAUGUGUGCAGCGAGUGGCUGCUUUCAGCCGGAGCUGAGCGUAAACAGGUCCAGUCUCAUGUUUAUCGGGGACUCUUAUCUCCUGAGCUGGUAAAUUUUUUACUGUCAUGUCAGUUAUGAUCCGCAGACCGGCGCGCAUUAAAGACAACCUUGCGUACAGCGUGAGUAAGGCUGAGCGUGCCUGUCCUGCUGCAGCCAGCGCUGCCCCGGCUGGCGGCAGGCAGGGAGCCAGCUCGCCCCGUUCAAGCUACGGGAUCUGUCUGCCCAGCGAGCAGGACCUGGGGCUCCUGCCUCUGGCGUCAGCCCCAACGCCGUCCCCUCACGCGUACUGAGUCACAAGUGACUCACUUCGAACUUGGACGUGAGCGCAAAGUAUACAUUUGCAAAUUGGCUGGUGAGGCACUGCUUUGCAAUGUAGGUGGGAUGUAUUACAUACUCCAGCAGUCAAGUUCUGCUCUUUUUCCCUCCUCCCUCUCCCUCCGUGCAGGAUAGCUGUCUGAGCCCAGGAUUUUGGUGCGGUUCUCGCGGGUGCAGGAAGGCAUCUCAGCCUGCUCCCGUGGAUGUGGCAUGUGGAUGGCUCCGGCCCCGCUCGUGACAGAGCUCUGCACUGAAGAUGGAUGAUUUAGCUCUCCUUGACCUGUUGGAGUGUCCUGUGUGCUUUGAGAAGCUCGACGCCACAGCGAAGGUGCUACCUUGCCAGCACACUUUCUGCAAGCCCUGUCUGCAGAGGAUCCUGAAAUCCCAGAAGGAGCUCAGGUGCCCUGAGUGCAGGACCCUCGUCCUCUGCAGCAUCGAGCAGCUGCCCUCCAACCUGCUCCUCAUUCGCCUCCUGGAUGGAGUCAGGUGUGGACAAAACGUUACCAGGUUUGGCUCGAUCCAGAGGUCGGGGGUCCUGUCAUCCCCUGCCUCCAUCAGGAGAGUCCCCAGGGGGCUGCAACUUCAUCAGCACCGGCUGGCGACAAAUCCCAGGAUCCACAUGGAAGGGGUCCCGCGAGCCAAGGCCCUGUACACCUACCGAGGGCACAACCCCGGGGAGCUGAGGUUCAAUAAGGGGGACAUCAUCGUGCUGCUCCGCCAGCUGGAUGAGAACUGGUAUCUGGGGGAGGUCAACGGGAUCAGCGGUGUUUUCCCAGCCAGCUCCGUGCAAGUCAUCAAGCACCUGCCCCUGCCACCGCCCCUCGGCCGAGCACUCUACAGCUUUGACCUGAGGAGCAGGGAGAAGACCGAAAACAAGGACUGCCUGACGUUUCAUAAGCCAAACACCACUGCAAGGCAACUCCUGCAGACCAGCAAAAGCCACUGGUCCCCUCAGUUUAAGUGCGCAUCCCUACGAACGGCAUCUCCCAAAGCAAAAGGUGCAGAUUCGCCAGCUUUCCCCAAGGUGCCCGACUCCAGGCGGAAGAGCCUGCGGCAGUUCUCCAUCACCACCGCCCUGAACACCCUCAAUCGGAUGGUCCACGCGCCCGCCGAGCGGCAGGCGCUGGAGAUCAGCUCCCCCGUGCUCAUCAGCUCCAGCAACCCCACCGUGGCCACCCAGAGCAGCGAGAAAGUGGAGUUUCCCUAUGCCACCCCUCUCCAGGUCAGUGCAUCUUAUUAUCCUGCGCCAGGAUCACUGGGGCACUCGGCAGCCAUUGUCACUCUUCCCCAUCUGCAGCACCAUGUAUCAGCUUAUAUGUGCGUGGCUCUCAAUUCCUACAUGGCUCACGGACCAGAUGAGCUGGAGCUGCAGAAGGGAGAAGGGGUCCGCGUCUUUGGGAAAGACCACGACGGCUGGCUGCGGGGCAUGUCCCUCGUCACAGGGAGAGUGGGCAUCUUCCCCAGCAACUACGUCGCUCCUCUCUUCAGGAAAUCUAAUCUUUCUGACUCAAAGAUGCCUUCCCUGUACGCCUCAUGGACGCUAUCGACCUCCUCGCUCUCCUCCCAAGGGAGCAUCUCAGAAAACGGCCCGAAACAAAGCAGACCCUUUAAACCGGCGCUGCUGCCCGUGCCCGUCACCUCGCCCGGGAGGAACGCGGCCGCAGCAGCCUCAGGACAGGCGUCACUGCGGCGUGGACGUGGCAGCACGAGGAAGAAUGGAUCUCUGCAGAGGCCGGGGCAGGCAGGGACCCCCGUGCAGGUUGCCGGCUCCCUCAGGCGUCCUCCCACGGCUGCAGUGAGACCUCAGCAGCUUCAGCUUUAUCAGCAUGUCAGCCCCCAGCCACACAGCAUCCCUCCUGGAGCUGGCAUGGCCGAGGCAGGAACGAGGCCAAACUUCUCCCACGACGCUUCACCGGCACUUGUGGUCAGAGGAGGGGAAAGCAGAACUCCUUCUGUGUGCAGCUCGGUGAUCCUGGAUGCCAAAGACCCUCCGGCAAAGAGUGAGGCAGCUCCAAAGCCACCUGCAUCAGCCCCACCAUCCAUCCUGGUGAAACCAGACACCUCCCGCAACAGCGCCGAAAAGCAAGUGAAGACGGUGAGGUUCCAGAACCACAGCCCCCCGCCGCCCAAGCGGCACAGCCUGCAGCCCUCCCCGAGCCUGCCACGCAGCAGGACGGAGCCGGUGGCCGCGGCAGAGGCUCUCCUGCCAGAAGCCAGCCUGCCGGGCCCCGAGCUGGCGGUGCUGUACUCACCCAGGACCAGCUCCAGCCCCCUGCACCAGCGACGGGCACUGCACCCGAAGGCGCUGUCGCUGGACCUCUCCGGGCAGCUGACCUUCCCCGUCAAGAAGAACUACAGCAGCGUUUCUGCAAACUGACAGGGUAACUCCUCCACUUGCUUUCCUUCACGCGCCUGCUCCUCUCCUCCCUCCUGCGAGGGGCAAGCACCCCGGACCCCACACCAGCCUGCCACAUCUACUGCUCCCGUUCCUGUGGCAAGGGGCAGCUAUUCCCCAUGUCCCCACACACCUCCCCACUGCCGGCACCCUCAGGACCUGCAAGUCUGAAGCUUGCAGAGAACUGGGGUUGCUCCUGAGGGAGCGGGACGGGACGGGACAGGACAGCAUCUCUCCCUGCACGGUGGAGUCCUGUCCUGGCCCCUGCCGUGCCAAGCACAGCUGGAGGAGCCCCGCUGCCGUAGGGCUGCUGCGAGCACCAGGAGACGUGAAGCGGGUUUGUGGCAUCCGCAAAACUGAUGUUCUUUGGCAUCGUGUAAGGCUGCCUGUAAGGUACUGGAGGAGGAGCGGGGGGGGGGGGGGGGGGGGGAAGAAAGCGUGCAGGUAUCAGAAAUAGUUAAGCUUGUUUUGAUCUCACUGCUGCAGGAGAGCCCACAGAGAUCAAAACACUGGUUCAUUACCUUCCUGCUUCUGCAGGAUAAAGAAACCAUAAAUCAGAAUCAGUCAGUUCCUAGCUGACGGUUCGUGUUGCCUUUUGAGAGGGGUUCACUCAGAUUUUUUUGUUAGGUUAGUUGCUUUCUUACUUUUCUGUUUGGUUUUAGUCCAGGAGUUUUAACACAGAAUACAGUUUAAAAGGUGAUUUGGAGAGGAAAGAGACAAUGGAAAGGGACAUGCCAUUACCGCAGUCACUUAGACUCUGCAGACAGGGGUAUUGAAUCUUGCUUCUCCUCAUUGCUUGGUUUCCUCUAAUUACCUGUCAGCUACCUCCUAGCAGUCCAUGAGCUCACUCCAACUCCUUCCCACUGCCCACCCAUUCAGAUAUUGCUUUUGUAAAAAACCCAUGAAUUCCACUUAGGAUAAAGUCUACAUUAAGAUGCAUGAAACAUUGUCUAUGUAACAGAAGGCAGAAUUCAGCAUUCACCAUGCCACAGACCACCCCUCUGCCACAGCAGCACCAGCUCCAGUUUUCAGCUGACCCCAUUUCAGGCAUCCUCCUAUGAAUCCACGGAAAAGCAGGCAGAGUCAGAGAGCUGUGCCCAGCUCACCAGCUGGGACCGCUCUCCAGCAAACCCAUGCACAACAGCUUUUGUUUUUCAUACUUUGUUUUUAUUGCUGGUUUAUAGACCAGCAAUUCCCAUCCUAGCCACAACCACCGACCGCUAGAUCUCCUAACAGCGGUAGCUGUGCUUCGUCCAAAACUGCUGUAAAAUCACAUCCUUGGUUAAUUGCAUACAAAACCCAUGAAAUUAACUCCACUGGUCAACGGAAACUCUCCGAGGCACUGGCACAGCCUCAUACAAGGACAUUUUCUUCUGGAACAAAAAGGGAAUGGAUAAAAUAAUUUACUAGUCUACAGCCCCUGUUCUUUUACUCUUUCAGACUCUUUCUUUGUGGAGCAGGAAGCUGGCAUCUGCCUGCAGGGAUUUUCAGUAGCACAGAAACCAGCAAUGGCACAGAUAAGUUCUUCACCUUGUGCUAUCUGUCACUAUUUAAGCUCCUGCAGAAAAAUCCUGACAAACUGAAAAUGUGCAGUUUGCCCAGGUAUAAAAGGUGGUGCAAGCUGCAAAUAAGAGGGUGAACAUGACUCUCAGCAACGCCACCUCAAAGACAGUUGAACAUCUCAGAGAGGACAUACCAGCUCUUUGCUGAAGACUCCUCUCAUCCCUUUAAAACUAAACCAGAAAACCUUAUAAGCUGGCUCUAUAACCAAGAACACCUCCACUUUUCCCAAGCACAUUCAGAAAUAAAUAGAAUUGCAUUAGGUGCAUCCAGGACCAGCACGGGUAGUAAUUUAUAGUGUUGGUUUGGAGGGGAACGAGGGGCUGCCAGCUCACGCCUGGCUCCAGAUGUGAUCACUUACUGCAUGCUAACGAGAGGACAGACAGCAUGGUAUGACCCGAUCCAUAAUCCACCGAUGAAGCAUCUAAUGCAUUUCAACAGCUGACCUCUCAUGAGACUCACAGAAGACAGUGGCAUGGGUGGCUGGAGCUGCAUGAGAAUUAAUUAUGCAGAUGGAAAUGCUGGCAGAGAAGGAGCAGUAGGAAACGUGGAGCCCAGCUGAAUACUUGGCAGGGACAGUGUGUGUAGGGAAGGAAGGGGAACUUCUGCGGUUUACUGCCCCCAAAAACCAGUGUCCUCAUCUCAUGCCAAUACAACAGAGCCAAGGUCUAACAGGACUGCCCUGGUCGUACUGUUCACUGAGCAGGGUGACACAGCUGGGAGCAGGCUGGGCUGUGCCCCGGGGAGUGGGACGGCCGAUCCCUGCGCACACAUGGCAGUUGAUGCCGAUCACGAGCUUUACGCUCUACAGCGAGAGGCAGCCACCAGCCCCCUGGCCCCAGCAGAGCUCGGUGUCCCCAGAGAGCCUGGAACGAGAUAACGAGCCAGGGGCUCUGCGGCAGCUCGGAUCAAAGAUCUUCCCUUGUUAUCGGCAAUUAACCCUGCCCUGCAAGACCCCGGUGCCAGUUUCGUCAGGAGCUCAGAAGGAGCAUUCCUCGAGACCAGGGAGCACAUCCACAACUGCUGACGCUCAGGAGGGAGCUCAGUGCAAUCUGCAUGCAGAGAAGCAUUUGAAGAUGAGGGGCAAAAAGAAAACAACGAACCGUAACUCACCGGGGACUUCAGACAGAUGCAGAUUGAAGUAAGUCACCUUGUAAAUUUAAUCUACAAGUGGGGCAGGUUUUCCCACGAGAGGCAGAUGUGCAAGGCCAGGCAGCAAGGAAGAAUUUGAAGCUCAAUUUGGGGCUGCAAAAUGAAAAGCUCAGAAAGCAACAGACAGAAGUGACUGCAGCUCCAUUUCUCACACCUCGAUCCUGCCACCAAAGCCCAGAUACAAGGAAAGACAGCACCUCCUUUGGCCAGAUUUAUCAGAUGCGCUAAGCUUCAGGGGACACCAAGAACAUCAGGAAAAGCCAAAGGUGCUCAGCAUGCCUUAAGACUUAACAAGCCAUAAAGUCCUUCUGCACAUCUGGGCUCACAACAGCCGGAUACCACUCACAUUAUCAGUUCAGAAUAUUGCCUUUCAUGGAACAAACCCAUCCUCUUAUCCUCUCCUAUCAAGAUAAACAGCAAUAAGGUUUCACAGCAGCCAUGCACCCAGGGAAGCCUGAGAAACCGUUCAGCCCAUUACACGAUACUGAAGCAUUAAGACAAAUACACCAAAACCCACCACAAAUCUCUCCCAGACUUGGCCCUUAACCCACUGUGUUAUGAUGACAAGUGACAGCACUGGGCUGAUGGGGGCAGAGAAAGCUCUGGCACUUCUGCACACACAUGCACAGUCACGGGUAAUGGCAGGGAAAGGAAGCACUGACAGUGAAAUUGGUGCUUUGGUAAAAGAGCAGGCAGCUAUUUUGGGACAGAUGUCUCAGUUUCUUGCACAGGAUAUUUCAGUGCUUUGAUGCUAUGGUGAUAAGUGCCCUAAAUAUAUUCAAAAUAUGUAGGGAGAGAGAACUGAAAACAAGACAUAAUUUAAAGCAACAGCCCUAAUAAGCCUCUUGUUCCCAUAGACAUACCUGCCCACUGGUUUCAUACUGCAGCCCACUGAGCAAAAUUGCUAAGUCCUCCUCACCUUCUCCGCUCAUCCCCUCGCAACACCUAGGAAGAACCAUCUGGACUGUGUUAUUUCACCAAGGAACAUCCCAAGGAAGAGGGACUAGAACUCAGACCUUUUCUUCCAAAAGCCCAGACUAAAGCAAAACCUGGAGCUAAUCUGAAACUUUGUCAUGAGCCCUGAGUGAGGCAUUGCCCAACAAGUGGCCCUUGUCUACACGGAGAAGCCGAUCAUGCUGGGGAAGAUAUCAACUGGGUCUGUCAGGGAGCAAUUCUCUAAGUGCACCAGACUAAAAACAUCUGUUCUGGAACAAUUAUUCUAACUACCUUUAUUCUGCAAGCAGAAUCACCACACUGGGUUCUUGAAGCAUGAGCAAACUUUGCAUUUUUUGUUUCAGCUCUGGCCUGCUGACCUGAAGCAUACUGUAUCUUCCAUGAGGAUCUGCUCCAAACCCCUGUCCCUCUCUGGCUGCUGUCAUCCAAUUUUUAUUUUUUUUUUAAUUGGGUAGCAAUGAAAAGGGAGGCAUCACAUGUUGGCAGGAGGGUGGUAGCUUUAUAUGGAGGUGGGUGAGCUUUUCAAGGGUUUCUGUUCUUUUUAUAAACAUAUUUAACUUCCCUCCUGUCUUCCCACCCUCCAGACUCUCUUCAGCCCAUUUUCCCAGUGAAGAGAGGUUAGACAUCAGCAUUGGGACCCUGUUUUGUCAUUCCCAAGCCGGCCAGGAAGGCCCAUGGAGGAAGGCCACCCCCUCCCCCCCCAGGGACGUCUCCCCUCUGCACUCUCAAUGGUGCGGAGAGGCUGGUCUGAGCCCUGGCCCUGCUGAACCACCAAGUCUGCAGUCUUCUCUUUUACCACAAACCAUCAUAUGAAGCACAGAGUGCAAAAAAAACAACAUUAGGAAAGUCAAAAUACAAUUGCAGGUGUACUGCAGCGUAAUGUAUUUCUAUAAUGAAAAUACAUUGUUCUCUUCCUACCCAGCUGAAGGUGUGCAGGCAGGCGGAUCCGGGCUCUGACCACCCAGAGCAUUGCGUUUGUCAGCAGAGCGCAGGAAAGGAGCUCUGGAAAAGCACAUAAAGCAGCACACAGGGACAGAGGGACCGUUAAUGAACCUCUCGCAAGUUCUUGAAUUGGGCUUGUUUUCUAUCUGCUUGUUUCUUAUGAUUAGUUAAUGAAUUGGAGCCCAAAUCAGAUCAUUCAUCAGCUCAGCUUUAAUUGCUUGUCUAGCCUGGCAGAAGCCUUGGAGUGCUUCAGUAAGUAACCUACCCACCAAGCUUGAACUGCAGUCAUGUUUCCUGAUAAAUUAUGAGCAGAGGCAGCAGAGGUAAGAAAACAUAACAUUAACCAAUUCUCUCCACAUCCUUCACGUGGAGGAUGCCUCCCUGCCCCAGCCAGAAGCAACCCAUCUCAGACACAGGGAAGGACGCAGGGGAGCCCUCCAUCCCAGUCUAUUCGAGAGCUGGACUGUUGGGCCCAAAGGGGACUUGCACCACUUGCCCCAAAGAAAGUUGAAGUGAUGAUAUUCAGUCUCAGGAGGGAAUUCUGCAAGGCUAUUUCAGAUGGCAACUGGCUGCUGCAUCGCUGGCAGACAGCUCUCCUAGGAGCUUGAGAACCAUAGCCAGGCUGGCGUCCCUCAAAAGUCCCCUGGGAUAAGUCCCUGCUCUGUGAUAAAGAGGAUGUAAUGAUCCCUUGGCCAGAGAACACAAGUCAUACUAGAGGAUGCUGUAGUCAUGCAAAGCAUUUAGCAUCACACCUGGUCGGGUGCCACCAGAAACUGCAUUGCCCGCAGCAGGGGAUGGCCAGGCUCGAGGCUUCGCAGGCUGGACUCAGGCACGGGCAGCUCCAGACACCCGCAAAGAGGAGGAGUGCUUGGGGUAGCUCAGUAACUGUGACAGACCCCCCGCCUGGCUGUCAUUUCUAUUCGUCUCCCAGUCGCUGAGCCUUUGACGGUCAUUCUCAAGAGUUUUUUCCUACAGCCGCGAGGGCUCUUUUUACAUGAAGUCAAGGGGAUUUUUUUUUUUUUUUCCCUAACAUGACCAUAUGAUUCCAAGAACCCAGGGCUUUAGAAAAAAAGUAUCCCAAUCCUGAUAAGCUAGUGAAAGACUACAGUGUGUGGGACACCAGAUAUUUGCUUCUUUCACUCUCCCAACAGCCCUGCUCUCCCCUUGGUAAAGGUCCAUUUUCUAAAACUAACAUUAGAAAAACACCGUUAAGGUUGUAGUGCAUCCAGACUUCUAAUCCAUGCUAUAUUCUUAGUCACCAGGUGUUUUAAUGAACACUUAUUUCCAAGCGUUUUAUUUCCUGACUUCGUCCUGUUUAAUUUUUCAUAAACCACCAAAGCAAAACAGGAACUGUUAAAACACCAAGCAUCUCCUCUAGAUUCAGAAAACCCAAGAAAUUAGCUUGAGAAAAAAAAUCCGAGAGAAUAGGCAGUCUUUACUGAAGAGCCCCCCAGCCCCUGCAGCUCUUCCAGCCCACAGACAGACAGCUUUGCCGCUGCGGAGCCUCCAAGCCCUCCCUCAGCCGCAGCACAGCCUGGGAGCAGCAGGAGGGGCGGCCCGUCGCCCCAUUCCUCCUCCAUCCCUAGCUCUAGCAAAGAGGAAUGCAAACAUUGGCCACAAAACAUUUAAGUUGGAAACACUGGAGCAGCCCAGGAAUGUGCAAGUUCAUGUGUACAUUUGUCAUCAUUUUAGGAGGUUUAUUCAUUGUCCAAUAGUUAUUGCAGUUCAUUUGUGCAACUACAUGUUUUUAAGUGUAACAAUAGCUAUAGACUUCAAGUUUAUCAGUUUUUUUGCCUUAAGUCUCAGUAUCUCCCCCACUUAAAAAGUAACAUUUCAAAAUAUUCAUAAAAUCGGUGUUUAGAACCCUAACCUGUCCAGGUGAAGCAAUGGGGACUGACCAGUGAGGUCAGUGGGAGUUUGCACAAGCUGAUCACUUUGUACCUGUUUCAAACGGAAAGUUGUGAAGGAUCAGAAACCGCUCUGUGGGCUGGCACACAAGACACCCAGCGGUGGUCAGGCUGGUGAAGACUAUACGUGUAAGAAAAGUGGAAAAAAGAUCUAUUUAUACCAAAGUUCCAACCGAAGUAAGUUUUAAAGUCAGUAGGGGUCACCACUCACCUUGAUCCCCUGCAUAACAGACCAGGGAAUUUUGUUGUCUUCUUCCUGCACUGAGCCCAAGAAACAUUAUAAUGAAAUGUUACAGCCAUGUUACUAUAAAUGAGAAAAUAGAAGUUACUAUUUUUACAUGUAUAUGCUUAGAAACAGUAGGAUAUAUAAUCUUCUCUUAUUUGGUGAUGGGUAGGAGGGAUAAAUAAAAUACAUACAUUUAGUUUAUUGUUCGGAGACACUUGUACAAAUUCAGUGAUGCUUAAUAUUUUUUCCAUGAUGUGAAGUUCAUUUUUUAAAAAGGUUUUUUCAAUUUAACAUACUAUUAAGGAGAAGAGAGAAGUCAAUAAACAAAAAGAUAUCAGUUUUCUGUUUUGUAUUAAUCUUCGAGAUAUUUAUUUUGUAUUUCUGUAACUGAAAAACAAUGGUUUAAAAACAUUUUAAGUUUUCAGAAGUUUAUUCAUCUAAGUUUAUAGCACUAAUGUUUAGAUCUGUAGCCUGUAGGUUAAUUAAAUUAAUUAGAGCCAAGUGGAUUAUGGCACCUUAUACCCUGGAAGUGUAAGUGGCAGAACUGAGUUGCAGCAUGCGUGCAGUACCAAAUUAGCUGGCUAGCGUGGUGGGGGUCACCAAGUGGGAAACACAGGCCUUGGUAAAGCUUUCAGCGCCCGAUGCGUGCGGUAUUCCAUCCUGUGGAAGCUACUGUGUUACCAUUAAAACUUUUUGCAUGAAAAAAAACCAGGAAUGUUUAUUUUCACUUUCUUAUUUUGGGUUGCUGCUUCCAUAGUUGGGAACAAAUGGCAAGGAAGAGGAGGGUUACCUGGUGCUGAGGUUGGGAACAAGGGCUUUGCUCUCUGGCUCACCAGCCAGGUUCCAGCUUGAGCUCAGUUUCAGCUGGUCUGAGCUCAAGCUCCUGCUUUCUAUUUUUUAUGCUCUUUGCCCCCAGCAGGAACCUACAAGCAAAUAUAACCAUAUUUAGCAUUG